GAGUCCACUACAACCACAGCCGGCAUCAGCACUGGCAUUGUGCUGUAUAACCCAGGCAAAGAAGAAACUAAACUGCAGAAAUUCAAGUCUUUUUACAAGCAAGUGGAGAAUAUUUGAAUAUUUGUGGCCUUUGCUGUCCCUUGAUAAAGGAAUACUUUUUUCUGUUUUCAGUUUGAAGAGUUUUUUCACGCAGCUUUUCACUGGACACGUGAAUGCUCAGGAUGCUUUUCCCAGGCGUUUUGAGCCUUUUUGUCUUCAUGGCACUAUUUUCAUCACUUGUUGAAACCAAGAUCUACAGACCAUUUGAAUUUCACCAGUAUAAACCUGGGCUUGGUCAACACUACAGCCAAGGAAAACCCACCAGCAGGCACAAGAACCACUGUGCCUACGUCACUGAAAAGACAGUGCCCUUCACCAUACAGGAUGGAGCAGCACCGUAUGUAAAAGCCGAGUACAACAAGUGUUCACUGGGUCGCAAAUGCCCAGCUCUUUUGUAUCGCCUGAUGUACAAGCCACUUUACAAGGUGGCACAUAAAACUGUCACAGAGCUGGAGUGGCGUUGUUGCCCUGGGUACUCUGGCUAUGGAUGUAUGGAGGGACAUCCAAUUUAUCAACACCCUAUGAAAAUGAUGCCACCAUUCAAGGGCCCACCAAUGAGAGGGUCCCAGUUUAAGGGGCCCCCUAGCAAAGUCCCGAUGUUCAAGGGCCCACAUGUUAACACUGCUGUGAAAGCCAGCCCGUGGAGUCAUCCCAAAGGCCCUCCUACUGGCAGUUUUAACCCCUUCCCGAUGCAUCCCUUUGGGCCUUCGAGGUCCUCCUCCUACCCAGACAUCCCCUUCCAGCCUUAUCCAUCAGAAUCAGAGCCAGCUCCAGAGCAUGAAGAGCCACAUUACACAGAGACCAACCAUGAACAUGAACAUGAGAAUAGCCAAGGACCUGAGGAAUUUAUACCUGAAGAAAUCCCCACUCCCCCCCCCUCUGGUGGUGAACAGCCUGUGGGAGAGACCACAGGCCAUGCUCUUGACAGCGAGACGGAGGAGCGAAUAUAUCAUAUGGAAGAGGAUGUGCGGCGUCUAAACCAGGGUCUGGAGACUUUGAGGGUAACUGUGAAUGGGCUAGAGGACAGCCUGCGAACCUCGCUCAGAGAGGAUGCUAACAGGAUGCUGUCAGCUCUGCUCUUUGCUCCCCCUGGUACUGGUCCUGGUCCUGUUCCUGUUCCCCCUCCAGAUGUAGCCUCUCAUCCAUCCACCUUUGGGUUUGUAGAAAUUCCUGGGGGAGACCUUGACACAGGAGAUCUAGAUGGUAGACAUGUUUUUCCAGACCUCGCACAACUGAAUGAAAAGGUUGAAGAGCUUCGAAAUGAGCUGCAAGCCAAGACAGCUGAGAUUCAGGAACUCAAAGUGACAGUGAUGAGGCAUGAUGGAGCACUGAAGAAGAUUGCUAAUAGAACAGGUAUUAGAAAUCUUUUGGUAUCAAACUCCAAUGGCAAGCUUGGAGGAGCUAUGGAGAAAUUGAUGGAUGCUAAAUUAAGCACAGCCAGAACAGAAAUUCUUGGCGGAUUUGAGAAGCGUGUGGAGAGCGCAGAGGACCGAUGCAAGGAGAAAGCUGGGGAUGUGCACCGUCAGUGCCAGAAGCAGCAAAGUGAGCGGCAGGAGCAGAUGGAGGAUGCUCUACAGGAAAGCAGCAUCAACCUAAGAACAGAGCUGAGAAAGCUCCAAGCACAGAUCAAUGGUUGUAAUGAUACUGAGAGCUGCUGUGGUAGGAUGAGUGGACUUACGGAAAGGGUGAAGCUGCUGGAAAGGUCAAUGGCAGGCCUCAACCAGUCCCAGGAGCAUCUGAGAGUGGAGCUGGGUGGACACAAAGACCACAUAGAAGGAAUGCUGGAGGGGCGUCUGGCAUAUGUAGAGGCCAAGCUCAACCUGACUGGGGAGAUCAAAAGUGAAGAAUCUGGAAGGACAAAUGGUGUCCCAGACAGAGAUGUGACUGGACAAGCUUUGGAGGCCAAAAUGGAGGUUAAGUUGAAGAAUCUGGAGUGUCGUUUACUAACAGCUUUGGAGGAGCUGGGUAAUGCAACUGCUCUGGAGGAUCACAUUGUUCCCACUCUGGAGACAGAGCUGGAGUCACUCCGAGGCAGACUGGAGGUGGAUGUGGACAGAAUGCAAAAGCACCUCAACAAUUUGGAAAUGCUCUGCAUCACUUCAUGUCCCUCACCUCAAACAGUUACCAUCCAAGGAGACUCUGCUGUGCCAAGUGAAAACCUGGCUUUGGAGCAGAAUGUGAAGGAGGUACUUGAUAUGCAAGGCGACCAGUUGAACAGACUCAAUGUUACACUGCAGAACAUGCUAAAGCGUCUGACCCUCAGGGAGCAGCAGGAACAAGCAGAGCAAGAUUCUUCCAUCCAGGGUGAGCUAACAAUCCUCAAAUUCAAUGUGCGCUCAGUUAACCACACCCUGAGAGGACUCCAGGAUUCCCUGGGGACAGUGGUCCACCAGGUUGGUGAAGCCAACAGUUCCUGGCAUCAAAGAGAGACUCGUCUGGCCCAGCAGAUAAAGGGUGUGGUGCAGCUGGUUGGACAUCAGGCUUCCAUGCUUGGGGCAGGUGAGCGCAGACUGACCCGGCUUAAAGGAGAGCUGCAGGAGAUGAAGAGACGGCUAGCUGAAGAGGUACGGGGGUGCCGAAGAUCAGCUAUGGUGGUCCAGAAGGAGGUAACUGAGGUUGGUGGGCGGGUCGCCAGCGUAGAGGACCAGUGUAAGGGCUUAAACUACUUGGCAGACGACCUGGAGAGAAUCAGGGAGGAGCUGGAGAGACAGUCAAAUGGUCUCCUACUGCAAGUCAGUGGGACUCUCUCUAGCCAUGCGCAGCAGCUGUCUGAGCUGAAAGGUGAACUGAAAAACUGCACCUCCAAGGCAGAGCCAACAGAGCAGAGUUUAGAGGCAGCAGAGACACGAGGGGAUACCUUCGCUCUGAAUUAGUUUACUUCAUAUGGACAAUGAAUUAUAAAACGGUGAAGAGUAAAUAUUUUGCAGGCGUAAAGGGGUUCCACUAAGCCCAUUAUUAUACAGUUUUUACAAUGCAAAGGUUUCGAAUGUGCACUGAAAUAAUGAUGGUUUGUCAGCUUACAAAAGGAAAAAACCAAAAGGCAGCUAACUUCAACCGCACUCACAACUGAAUCUUGAAAUCUAAUCAUGGUGGUGCUAAGAAUAAUCAGAGCCUGAGUGAUGGAGUGAGAGAUAAACAACUGCACCUGUGUUACUCUAAAGCUUUUAAGAAAUCAUAAAUGAACAGUCAUUUAAUAAUGUUUACAUGAUGAAGUUUUUGUAUUGUUUUUUUCUUAU